AUGGCUUUUCAGGGUGUUGUGCAGUUAAGGACAUACACGACGGUAACAAUGUUGGGUCUUCUGCUGGUUUUCUUGGGUAUUGUCGGGUACGGAGCGCCGGCGACGACGACACUGAGUCCAGUGGAUAAAUUCAAGUCUAUCGUGAACGCAGAGGUGGACGCACUCUGGAAUAGCGUUGACCAUGACAGUAGUGGGAAUUUGGAGGAGUCAGAUCUAGAAAACAUAUUCGACCAAUAUGAUGACAAUAAUGACAAACAGAUAUCCCAGACCGAGUUUCUUACCCACUUCGUCGGCCAUCAGCAGAAUCUUGACAUCAUAGCACAAGGGCUUUAUUACGAACUCGACAUGGAUAAUGACAGUGAAAUAACUGGAAGCGACUUACAGCGAUAUUUCGAAAAGAUCGACACAAACGAUGAUAACUCCAUUGAAAAGCCCGAGUUUGAAACUUUCUUCAGAGAUACCUUGACCCUCCUGUUUGUCCUCCAGUAUGAGGGUCACUUGACCUCCCCCAUGCCUACACAUACGUGA